GACCCAGGACCGGCUCACCGGGUCGCUUGGUGGCUCAGUCUGUCUGUCCGUCCGCGGGUGCCAUCAUGGCGGACGCGGCCAGUCAGGUGCUCCUGGGCUCCGGUCUCACCAUCCUGUCCCAGCCGUUUAUGUACGUGAAAGUGCUCAUCCAGGUGGGUUACGAGCCUCUUCCUCCGACAAUAGGACGAAAUAUUUUUGGGCGGCAAGUGUGUCAGCUUCCUGGUCUCUUUAGUUAUGCUCAGCACAUUGCCAGUAUCGAUGGGAGGCGUGGGUUGUUCACAGGCUUAACUCCAAGACUGUGUUCGGGAGUCCUUGGAACUGUGGUCCAUGGUAAAGUUUUACAGCAUUACCAGGAGAGUGACAAGGGUGAGGAGUUAGGACCUGGAAAUGUACAGAAAGAAGUCUCAUCUUCCUUUGACCGCGUUAUCAAGGAGUGAUCACUCUGAGAUCUAUGGUACAGUUCAUUGGCAGAGAAUCCAAGUACUGUGGACUUUGUGAUUCCAUAGUAACCAUCUAUCGGGAAGAGGGCAUUCUAGGAUUUUUCGCGGGUCUUGUUCCUCGCCUUCUAGGUGACAUCCUUUCUUUGUGGCUGUGUAACUCACUGGCCUACCUCGUCAAUACCUAUGCACUGGACAGUGGGGUUUCUACUAUGAAUGAAAUGAAGAGUUAUUCUCAAGCUGUCACAGGAUUUUUUGCGAGUAUGUUGACCUAUCCCUUUGUGCUUGUCUCCAAUCUUAUGGCUGUCAACAACUGUGGUCUUGCUGGUGGAUGCCCUCCUUACUCCCCAAUAUAUACGUCUUGGAUAGAUUGUUGGUGCAUGCUACAAAAAGAGGGGAAUAUGAGCCGAGGAAAUAGCUUGUUUUUCCGGAAGGUCCCCUUUGGGAAGACUUAUUGUUGUGACCUGAAAAUGUUAAUUUGAAGAUGUGGGGCAGGGACAGUGACAUUUCUGUAGUCCCAGAUGCACAGAAUUAUGGGAGAGAAUGUUGAUUUCUAUACAGUGUGGCGCGCUUUUUUAAUAAUCAUUUAAUCUUGGGAAAAUUGAGGUGUUUGGUGUCUGCCUUUUUUGUUCUUUUCUCCAGCACAACAUAACUUACCACUGAUACUCCCCCUUUAGUUAUUCUGAAUUAGGAUAUUUUUGCUCCAAAUUCUUAUUUUACUUAACCAGAAGGGAAAAAAAAAGUUGUAUUUUCCUGAAGCUACAGGCACUUUGUCAUGUGAUUUUUGAGUCUCAAUUUAAGGCUUUGUAAAACGAAGAGUAGAAUUCCAAGAAGGAUGAGAAAUAAUUCUGUAAAACUUAACAAAAUCACUAAAUUAAACUAUAUGGGAGGUUA